GGCGGGGGUGCCCGCCCGCCGCCGGGCUCGAGUCCCCAGCGGCCGCCAGGCAGCACCAGCGCUCCCGGUGCCCCCGGCCCGCGCCUCCCGGGCUGGGCCCCCCCGACUGCCGACACAGGCCCACGGCGGCGGGCCCGGGGGCGCGGCGUGACCGCGGCGCGGGCCGUUUCGUUGGUUUCUUGCAGAGCGACGUAGCUCCCGGCUGGCGCCUGGCUGAGCAGGGCCCGUCGCGGUCGCUCGGGGCGGACACGGUGCCCGCCCGUCCCGCCGAGCCCCGGGUUGAGCGGGCGGGGCCGCGCUGUGCCCCCCGCAGCGCUGCGCCCCCUCGGCACGGCGGGGGUGGGUGGGCCUGGUGUGUGCGGUAGUCACGGUGUGGGACACCUGGCAGAGAGUCCAAGAAAAAAGGUCUGAGCUAUGAGGAGAAGAGAGUUCGCAUGAUGGAGAUCUUUUUUGAAACAAAAGAUGUGUUCCAGCUGAAGGAUAUAGAGAAGAUUGCUCCAAAAGAAAAAGGGAUUACCUCGAUGUCAGUGAAAGAGGUUCUGCAAAGCUUAGUUGAUGAUGGCAUGGUGGACACCGAUAGAAUUGGAACUUCUAAUUAUUUCUGGGCUUUUCCCAGUAAGGCUCUUCAUGCCAGGAAGUGUAAAUUGGAAGAAUUGAAGUCUCAGUUUGCUGAAAGCAGUCAGAAGAAAGAGGCUUUAAUAAAAAGCAUUGAGAAAUCAAAAAUUGGACGUGAAGAUACUGCAGAACGUGCAGCUCUAAUAGAGGAACUUGCUGCCCUUCGGCAAAAAAAAGAGCAGCUAAAGGCAGAAAUAGACAAAUACAGAGAAUGUGAUCCAGAUGUUGUUGAAGAAAUGCGGCAAACAAACAAAGUAGCGAAGGAGGCAGCCAACAGAUGGACUGAUAACAUCUUUUCAAUAAAGUCCUGGGCCAAACGUAAGUUUGGAUUUGAAGAGAGCAGAAUUGACAAAGGUUUUGGAAUCCCAGAAGAUUUAGAUUACAUUGAUUAGUGUCCAGCAGUUGAUGGCUAACAGUUGUACAUAGUUUGUUAAAUAUUCUCAGUUGUUAUUUAAAUAUGUAUCUGAAUCCUCUCCAAACAACUGACCACCCUUUAAUUUGCAGGUUUUGUUAAAGUUAAUAAAAUUCUAAAAAUA